GGAAGUGUAAGCGCUCCGGCUGCUUCUCGGCCAGGCGGAACCUGCUCCGUUGGGCCCGGUGGCUGCAAAAGAACUUUCUCCCGCCCCAACUGUCGCCUGGGCCAACUGCCUCGCCCUCCUGGCAGCCUCCCCCGCCUGCUCCUCUCUCCGCUCGGCGCGGCGCUCUCCCUCUCGCCCGGCAGUAUCCGUUCGCGCCUGCCACCACCUCCUCGUCUUGUGCCCGGCCCGGCGGCCCGCCCCGCUGCAGUGAUGUGCGACAAGGAGUUCAUGUGGGCCCUGAAAAACGGGGACUUGGAUGAGGUGAAGGACUACGUGGCCAAGGGAGAAGAUGUCAACCGGACGCUAGAAGGUGGAAGGAAACCUCUUCAUUAUGCGGCAGAUUGUGGGCAGCUUGAAAUCCUGGAAUUUCUGCUGCUGAAAGGAGCAGAUAUUAAUGCUCCAGAUAAACAUCAUAUUACUCCCCUUCUGUCUGCUGUCUAUGAAGGUCACGUUUCCUGUGUGAAAUUGCUUCUGUCGAAGGGUGCUGAUAAGACUGUGAAAGGCCCAGAUGGACUAACUGCUUUGGAAGCCACUGACAACCAGGCAAUCAAAGCCCUACUUCAGUGAUGGACGGAUGGGCUGACAGCUCUGGAAGAAUGACUCUCCUGUGGCCUCACACUGCUGCCUGUCUGUCUGUCACUCUCUAUCUGCCAGCUUCUUCAGCUAAAUACUUUAGGAGGGGUGAGGGGAGAGAGAAAUUCAUAACAAAUCAGACUACCAGAAAACAAAAAACAAAAACAAUGUUUUGGAGGAGAGGCAAAAACUACAAUCAGGCUUUUACAAAGCCUCCUGAUCAAGUCGGCCUCUUUUCCAUUUCCAAAAAUACACAGUUUAUACCCAAGGGAGAGCAAAGACACAUACCGUAACAUUUGACCUUCUCAGCUCCCUAGCUAAUUCAUUCAUUAGAUUGUGUCGAGGGUCUGAUUAUACAAAGGCCAACUCUACAUAAUUGGUAGCCCUAACUGUGCGAGCAGUAGUGGCUGCUGUGAUGUAAACUUAGGGUGCUGAGAUAAGCAAUUAGCUCUAGCCUUCUGCCUUAAGGUGCACUCUGGGGAAUCUCCUGGUGUAGUGAAGAGCGCUGCCUGUGGUUGGUGACCAAAUCUUCCCUCAGUGACUUCAGCUUUACGCGAAAGCUCAGUGAAGGUGAGGUGGGGCGCACCUAAAUUGCUAGAUGCCUGAACUUUGGAUUUCCUCUCCCCUUUCACAUGGAUUUCAUGUAUCUUUAGGUAAAACUGACUAGUUUUAUUUAUAAAAUCUUAAAUUUUGGAAGUCUAUAGGAGAAACCAUUCCAGUAGGCAUAAAUUUUUCUCCUCUAGAUUCAAAUACUUAUAACAUUGAAACACUUUUAAACUUUGCUGGUAGUAAAAGGGGAUGUAAAACUAGAAUCAUAGCCAUAAGCCUGUUAGUAUCAUACAAAGAGAGACAGUUGUCUUUGUACCUAUAGUUUUCUUCAUUUGCUAUUUGAAUGGAUUGACCCCGGUUAUGUGUGGAGAACAAGGAACAUUGUUGGAAUGUCUCUUUGACCCAUCUUGGAUGCCGAUUACUUAUUGCACCAAAGCUAUCACAGGGGUGAGAUUUACUAUUUGGACAAAUUUAACCCCCAUCUCUUCAAAAAUAUGCUUAUUACCAGGUUCCCCCAGCUGUUGAUAAACUUCUGCUGAACAUAUGCCAGCCCACCUGCACAGUAUAUUUUUUAUUCUUUUUAAAUCAUGCAUCAUAGAAAAUGUGACACUUUCAAAAUGUACUCUGUGCCCUUAAAUAUAGCCCUAAGAUGAUAAUUAUGACCUGCAGAAAAUGUUUAGACACAUUUUCAAAUGUUUAUUUCUUGAGCAGUAUGACUAAUUAAAGCAUAUACUCUUAAUAUUUUAAAUGCACAAUAGCAAAAUUUAAGAUUCCUUUGACCUGCCACCCAUCUAAGCUUACUAAGAAUAUUAGGAUUUUUCCUUAGCCAUGUCAUGCAAUAACUAAAUGUACCUCAAAUUUUUAAAAACGGGGUUAGGGACUAGUAUUCAGAUUGUGGAAAAUAAAGAAUUAUGGAUUUUUUUUUUAAGGCAAUGUAGCAUUCGACAGCAGAGUUAAACUAUCAAAGAACCAUCAGCCUGGCUAAUAACAAGUCUUAUUGAUCAGUUGCUGAUUGGUUAGUGUGUGGAGUGAGUGUGUGUGUGUGUGUGUGUGUGUGUGUGUGUGUGUGUGUGUAUACGUACAUGUACACUUUUCCCCAUGAACCCUUUUUUAUCCUGUGGCUUUUUUCACUUAAAACUAGCCUAACCCUGUAAUUUUUCUUCAUCUAAGAAAACAAUCACAAAAUGGUGGCUUAAAUACUUUGAUACAUUUGGCUAAUUCUGCUGCCUUAAUGCAGCCUGUUAAGAGUCAGAGUCAAAGUCAGUAAUCAGUACUUUAUGAUACCACUGAACUGAAACCUGGAGCCAUCCUCAUUGGAGAUGGAGGGCACUCUAUCAGUCUUGAACCAUCACAAGGUGUUUUGAAAUCUUUGUUUUCACCUCUUGGCAUAAUGUGAUCUAAAAGGCUUGGAUUACCCUCUCCACAGUUUUACCUUUACAUCCUCAGUGUUGUGUUCUAGUUGGCUAUUGCAGAGAGUGCACUGUCCUAUCAUUCCUGAACCUGGUCUGCUUCCCACAGUCACUGGUGUAGAAGCCAGGUGACUUUUUGUACAGUUUGCCCUGUGUUCCCUGUGAUGCAGUGGAGGCUGCUUCGCCUUCUUUCCCAGCCAUUUUGUAAACCCCAUAAUUAUGAAGCGGUUGCUUGAGAAAAUAACAUGUAAACAUAGAAUAGACUGGCCAAGAUGGUUUACAAUUUUUUUUUAAACUAGGUUAUUUAUAAUGUAUUUCUGAACCACUUGGCAGAAAAAUUCACAACACUUAAUGUUCAUAUUUUGAGUAAAGGAAGUUAAAACCAUGUCUGCUUUUUGGUACUACAUACAUUAGUGAAAGGUUAAGUAAGUUUUUUUUCUCCACUUAAUAUUUAACAUCUCAGCAAAAACCUUGCAUGUUCUGUAGUUUUGUAUUAAGUCAGUCAUUUCGUAUGCACUAUAGCAAUUAAAAACAGGUGUAUAAAAACACCUGAGUGUUUACUAUGCUAUUAGUAUACUAACAAAUUCCCCCUUGCAGCUUCAGACUGGUUAUCUAUAGACUUACAGUUCAGAUACAGCACCUGAGUAAACCAAGUAGUUCUUCUAUGCAUAGCUCACCUUCUAAACCCAGUGGGGCAUGAAGGGGAGGUAGGUGGGUCAGUGUGUGGAAGCUGCAAGCAAGUAGCCCCUUUAUUCAUUGAUUCUUUCUCCCAAAUAAUGGAGUUCAAACCAGUAAGUACCUAUAUGAUUUUUCUCCCUAACACUUCAAUUAAGCUGUUUUCUUCCAUGCAAUAUUGCAUACUCGAUUGUGUAUAGAAGCUGGUGAGAGUGCCCUCCUACAUAAGCAGUUGCAGUGUUUUGCAUGCAAAAUUUAAAAAAUUGAAAUUGUCCUGAUUCUAUUUUGUAAAUGGAGAAACAAUCAUAUCUUUCUAAGCAGUAAUAGAGGAAGACUAAUGCUUUGUGCAUUUUGAUAUAUUUGAGUUCAUUUUUUCCACAAUGUAAUACUUUUGACACAAUUGGGUUUCUCAUAUUAUCCUAGUUCAUGUACAUCAGAAUGCUAACUAAUACUGUGUUUAAGUUUUGUGUUGCAAGAACAAAUGGAAUAAACUUGAAUUGUGCUACAGCUAA